AUGACAAUGGAAGAUUUUAACCAGCUCCUCGCCAACAUUACCGACCCAAAACACUCCAGCUAUGCGGUUCCCGCUGCCGUCUGCAGCGUGGUCAACAGAGAUGGCAAGUCAAUGAGUCUUUGGAAAGUCGUCUAUUCUAGAUCGGCCGGUACAUCAGGCACAGAUGUUCCUUUAAGCGAGAACUCGGUGUUUUGGAUGGCGUCGCAGACCAAAGUGAUGACAACUAUCGCCGCCAUGCAGUGCGUCGAAAGAAACCUGAUCGGGUUCGACGAAGAUGUUGCUCGUGUUCUCCCGGACCUGUCUCUGCUCGAAAUCCUGGAUGGCCGAGAUAGCUUUGGCCGGUGGAAAACUCGCAAGCGAACGAAGAAAAUUACACUAAGUGGCGUCUCGGUCGAGGGUAUGUCCACUUCUUUGGCGGAAUGGGCCAAGCAGAACAACUUUUCCAACCACUCUCUCGAUAACACCAUGAUCAGCACCAGGGUGCUUCCACUGGUUGAUGAGCCCGGUGCACAGCUUCUCUAUGGUGCUGGCAUAGACUGGGCAGGCAUCCUGGUCGAGCGCCUAAGCGGUCAAACCUUGGAGGACUACAUGAGUCAAAACAUCUGGAAGCCUUUGGGCAUGACAUCGACCACCUUCCACCCCGAACUGAACCCCGAUAUCCACGCAAGGCUCGUCAAACCUUACGAGCGAACUGCAGAGGGUACCUUGAAGCCGAGGGAGACACCGCUGGUCCCCAUACCCAGUCCCACAUCCGUUGGAGGCCAUGGGGCGUACUCGUGUCCAAAAGAUUACGUCAAGCUCUUCACGGCAUUAUUGCAGGGCGGGCAGCCAAUCUUGAAGAAGCACACUUUGGACGAGAUCUUCUCUCCCCAGCUCGUGCACAAAGAGUCCAUCAAGACCUUCUUAGAGGGUCCUUUUGCCUUCAUGCUGGGAUAUAGCAUUCCCAAGGGUGUCCACACUGAUCACGGACUGGCCGGACUGCUGGCAAUGGAGGAUCAUCCCGGCGGCCGUCGAAAAGGGAGUCUGCAGUGGAUUGGAAUGCCAAAUAAUUUCUGGUGGGUUGACCCUCAGACUGGUAUCGCUGGCGUGGUAUUUUGUCAGUAUUUUCCGCCUGGAGACCCCGGAGCCGUGUCAAUACAUAAAGGACUUGAGAGUGCGGUCUACGGGACCUUUAAAUAG